UCCAAACCCUAGACUUUGCAUAUUUAAACAAUACCCUACUAACUCAUUUUCUUCUUCAGCUGUAAGUAAUGUAGGAGAACCUGGGCAUUUUGGUGCACCUUUAGCUAUAGCAUCAUGUAGUGUUUGGCCAGCAACCCCAAAUUUCAAAGCAACUUGA